AGUACCGGGCACCGCCCUCCCACAGGGUCUGCGGGCUCCUGCGGUCUGCCGUGCACAGUGGGUCCCGUGACCUUCUCACUUCCCUAAAUGGGCAACUUCACUUUUAGAAGUUAAGAUUCUCCCCUGGCAGACCCAAGGGGUCCAGACUGCACCGGCUUGGAGCCCCGACCUUGCAUACGGGGGGCGUCCUGGCCCCCUGCUGGCCUGCGACUGUCGCGGCUGGAUGGAGCCAUGGCUCCCACACUGUUACUGCUGCUCUUCCUCCUGUGGCUCCAGGGCUGCGUUUCAGGUGCUCCUGCCGAGAGUGUGUACUCCAAAGUGCAGCAUUUCGAAGGGGAGACCCUGUCUGUGCAGUGCUCCUACAAGAGCCGCAAAAAACACGUGGAGGGCAAGGUCUGGUGCAAAAUCCGGAAGAAGAAGUGUGAGCCUGGGUUCACUCGGGUCUGGGUGCAGGGACCGCGCUACUUGCUGCAGGACGAUGCCCAGGCCAAGGUGAUCAAUAUCACCAUGGUGGCCCUCAGGCGCCAGGACUCGGGCCGCUACUGGUGCAUGCGCAACAGCUCUGGAACCCUCUACCCUCUGAUGGGCUUCGAGCUGGAAGUAUCUCCAGUCCCCACAGCCGAGAGAAACACUCCUCUUACACAGCUGGCCAAGACCCUCAAGAGUGGAGUUGUCACAACGGGCCGAGCUCCCACCUCAGGCUCUGAUGCCCCUUUCACCACCAGUAUGAGGAUGUUCACACCCGGAGUCCUCACCUUGGACAGACUUUUGCCCUCCAGUGCCUCAGAGACCAUCCAACUGAGCUCCACGGCAGGCUACAGCUUCACCAGCCCCUCUGCCCUGGGGCCCAGAAGGACCAAGGGGCUCCAGACUGUGACUGCACCUCCCGGCGUUGCCAGAGCCUCCUCAGCUGGCCCCGUGUCCAUCUCCACUAGGGCCAGCCACCUGCGCACCAGAUUGCCCACCACGAGAACAUGCCACACCAGCAGAUCUCUCCUCAACAAAUUAUCCCCUAUCAGGCACCAGGACUCCAACCCCAUUGUGCUCCUGGGGGUGCUGGCCUUCCUCUUGGUGCCUGUGACGAUGAUCGUGGUCUAUGGGUUCUGGAGGAAGAGACACAUGGGAAGCUACAGAAUAUGCAGGGACCCUGUUCGACCCUGGAGGGACCCCCCUGGAAGACCGGAGCCUCCUUGGACACCUGCUUGGUUUAAGGCCACUUAUGGAGUGGGCGAGCUUCUCCCAGAGGGACCCCAGGAGGCUGUAAGAGGAGUGAAGAUGAGGACCUGUCUGGACUGGAGCCAGGUUGGGGGGUGAGGACUUACGCAACGCUGGGCUCAAGCCCUCCCUAACCCGAGGCUGCACUUCACCUGCUCAGUGCCCCUGGGCUGCCAGGAACCUGGGGAGAGGCCCAGAGUGGAGGGCACCAUGCAGCAGGUCCCAGGGGAAGCUGCUGAGGGAAUUCUGCUUAGAGCCACAGCUGACCGGGACCCAGCUGGGUGGUGCUGUUUACAGACAGAGCCUCAGCUCCCAUUGGCUCAGAACCCCUGCUGUCAAGCUGAGGGGAGGGCGAGUGGGGUGGGGUGGACAGCUGUCCUCUCUCUACCAGGACCCUAUGUCCUCAGCUUCCCUCUGCUCCCCUCAAGCUUCCCCAUGAACUUAGGGAAGAGUUUCAGAGGCAGCCCAUGUCCCAACGGUUGACCCUGGAGGAGAAGGAACAGUGAAUAAGAACUGGGGGUCCCUAGAAGCAUUGGCAGCAGGGUACCUCAAAGCUGUCCAAGCCUGCAUCCCCUGAGCCAUGUGUCCUCUGACUGACCUGUGAUAACGCCCUGCCCUGAUUUGGGCUACUUGUCCCUCAAGUCCUGGGAGCCAGCAGAGCCUGCCCUCUCACUGCUGCCUCCUGCUGGCCAGAUUCUCCUGUGACAGCUGUGACGGGCAGCUGAGAGCCCCCCUCAGCAGCAGGACCACCAGCCUGUCCCCAGACUGGGGUGCAGAGGCUGAAGUCAGGGCUGUCUCUCCCAGUUCCUACACCUGGACUCCAGGCAUGAGCUCUUGCAGGAGACUGAGGGCCCUCCAGGGUCCACUGAACAGGGGACUGCAGCUCAGAGAAAAGACAAUUGGCACCCCCAACCUCAGAGUCUCAUUUUCUCCUGGGGAGAGAGGAGCCGUUGGGACCCAGCAGACAACUCACAGCUGAUGACAGCCUG